UGUAAAAACUCUUAUUUAAUGUAGAAAAAUUGGUUUUUUAGAUAAUCUUCAUCGUCGAGUAGGAACGGCAAUCAAAUAUGUCUGAUAAGGAAACAGAGUCAAUAGAUGACGAAAAGAAGGUCGAAACAGUGAUAGUUAAGAAUGAGUUGGACUGUACUGAAGAAAAAGUUCAGGAACAAUUGAAAGAAGUUACGGAAGAAAAGGCAAUGGGAGGAGAAUCAUCUGAAUCAGUUCAGGUGAAGAUGGAGAUAGUGUGUGUAAAGGAGGAGCCACACUGGUACGGAGCGAGUGAGACUGAACAAGCGGGCUUGUACAGCGACCACACGACUGAAGAGGAAGCGGUGCCCAGGACAGGGUCUACGCAGAAACCUGGAGUAGCAUUUGGGAAUGCUGCAAACACAUGCAAACAAGAGGCAGUUGAAGAAUUCAUUGUACCAGACCAAUUAGGGUGCUCCAAUUGGGGCUCCACAGACAACAGCAUGUUACUACAGAUAACCAGACUCUCUACCAUGCACGAAGGAACUCUGUUCAGAAGGAGGUUCAAGGAAAGAAAGAAAAAAGGAAAAGUUAACAAUGACCUUGAAGAGACUGGGAAAUAUCAAUGCGAUUUAUGCAGCAAGAAAUUUACAGUCAAAAAAUAUUUGGUUGGUCAUCUUAACUAUCACAAGUAUAAAAAACCGUUUCAUUGCGGUAUAUGUAACAAAACGUUUUCGUGUGAGACUUACGCGUCUGCGCACGAGAGGAUUCACACUGGUGAGAAGCCAUACAGUUGCAAACUCUGCAAUAAAGCUUUCAGGUGCUCCAGCCAUCUGAUCAAGCAUGAAAGAACUCAUACAGAAGACAAGCCGUUUUCAUGUGAAGUUUGUAAAAAGCAAUUUAGAGAGAAAACACAACUGAAGCUUCAUGAGCUUUUACACAAAGGGGAAGAGGCGAAACAGUAUCCUUGCAAGUUUUGUCCAAAAAAGUUCAUACAUAUGUAUAAGCUGACGAUUCAUGAACGGAACCAUACUGGGGUUAGGCCGUUCGAGUGUAAGACAUGCGGGCAGAGCUUUGUCCAAAAGUUCCAACUAGACAGUCAUAACAGAUUACACACAGGUGACAAACCGCGUAUAUGCGAAAUAUGCGGCAAGCAUUUUAUAACAAAGGCGGACUUAGUGAGACACGAGCGCAUACAUACUGGAACCAAGCCGUACAGCUGCGACUUAUGCCAGCGGCAGUUCUCCCAAAAAGCGCACUUAAACUCUCACAUGUUAAUUCACAGUGGGGAGAAACCCUACUCGUGCGAAACAUGCUCAAAGAAGUUCAGCUGCAAACCCUCUUUGGUUAUCCACUCACGAGUACACACGAACGAGAGACCGUACCCUUGCAGGGUAUGCGGGAGGCAAUUCAAACAGGGUGGCGUCAGGAGGAGGCACGAAGCGACUCACACGCGAGACAAAACCAUAGCAUGCGAAGUGUGCAACGAACAUUUCGCCCUCAAAAGGGAGCUGAAGAAACACCAAAGAGUGCACUUGGUGUACACUUGUGAUAUAUGCAAUAAGAUAUUUAGAGAUAAAUUCAAUUUUAAUAGACAUGUGCAGACGCAUAGUGAACAACCUGAGGAAAACGAAGAAAACUUAGAAGUCCCAGAGUAAUAAAAAAUUACUUUUCCAUAAGAGUCACACGAACGCGCCGCCAUAAACCCGCAUCCAUACAAUCGAAGUUACGUUCUCAUUUUAAAACUAUGCAUGUGUGUAUAAAAAUGUGCAUGCCAAGUCAAAGAAUAAAUAAUAGUACUACCGUACAGAAAGGACACUUCCUACAAAACCGAAGUUUGACAGCGAUUCAGGGUCGAAUCAUAAUAUCCCUUUCUAACUUAUGGCACUAUCCCUUUCGACUAUUUAGGGUUGUCAAAAUUCAAGUGAUUAUCUUAUCUGUGGUCGGGCACGCAAAGGGACGUCAAGUUGUGUCAACCCUAUUAAUUCCUCGGAGCAAUGCUGAGCCGAAGGGACCCGAGUUUGCCCGAAGUCAGGAGGGUCUCCCCACAGGCUACUUCGAUAAAACGGGAGCUUCUUUUCGUUGUAACUAUAAGUAAAAAAAGUGAAACA